AUGGCAUGUAUGGAGGUUUUGCACGUCGCCAGAGAGGGAGCUCCAUCUGCUGAGUGCCACGGUGUAGGUUGGAGUUUGCACGCUCCAUCCUGCCAGCCUGAUGAAAGUGGGGCGAAGAAUAGAUUCCUAGUUACGACUGCUGAAUGCUGCGAGCAGCAUUGCAAAGCGGCUGAACUGGAAGAUCCUGCUCAGCCUUCUCUCGCCCUCCUUGCGGUAUCAUCCUUGUCCCCAGAAAUUACGACAACCGGUCAUUUCCCCUGCUCCAACUUUUCAAAGGAAGAGAAGGAGACUGCAUCCAAAAAUGCCUGUUGCUGUGAAUCAGAGACGUCCUUCACCUGCGUGGAUGAAAACACCAACCACCUAAAUCACCCGGGGAGCCUUGCCCAUCGUAGCUGUUGCCAAGACCAAGAGUUCCUUCCCCAUCCUGACCCUGACACAGAGAUGCCUUCAGAAUGGCCCUAUGAUCCACCUUCCAUCAUUUCCGAGGAAGAGGAUGAUGCUGGCUCCGAAGCCGCUGGCGGAAAAUCUAUUGAUUACAGCUUCAUCAGUGCCAUCUUGUUCUUGGUCGUUGGGAUUUUGUUGGUGAUCGUUUCCUAUGUGGUGCCCAGAGACGUAAGUGUGGAUCCCAACACAGUGGCAGCACGGGAGAUGGAGCGCCUCGAGAAGAAGAGUGCCCGGAUUGGGGCUCACCUGGAUCGGUGUGUAAUUGCUGGGCUCUGCCUGUUGACCCUGGGAGGCGUUGUGUUGUCCAGUUUACUGAUGAUGCAGAUGUGGAAAGGAGAACUCUACAGGAGGAACCGAUUUGCAGCUUCCAAGGAGUCAGCCAAACUGUAUGGAUCUUUCAAUUUCCGAGUGAAAUCCUCUACAAGUGAUAAUAUGGAGUUAUCACUUGUGGAAGAGGAAGCUCUUGCUGUAACCAGUUAG